UUGGUUAUGAAAGUAAGUUAUGAAAACAGUAUCACAUGUCAUGCAGCUGGCCUAAAUACACUUAAAAAGGUGAAGUGACCAGCCUGUUUUCUAUUUUGAAACAUGUGACAUUUGAGCCAAGUAAGUUGUGCAAUACUAUAGCACAGCCAACUGAAGCGCUGUAAAUUUCACCUGUGAAUGUAGUAGAGAUAAGACAGUGUUUACAUCUUGGCGAAUAUUGAAAGAAAUCCAAAUGCACCAGCUGAACUCGGAUAGAUGGAUUUAAGUUGAUGGAAACCUCAGAGAAGAUGUUUAACUGGGACGAGGAGUGGAACAUCUCUUUUGCAGGCUGUGGAUUCAGAUGUAUUUACUACCUGGGAGCUUUGAGCUGUAUCCUGGAGCGGGUCCCACAGCUGGUUCAUGGAGCCUCUAAGAUCUGCGGAGCUUCAUCUGGCUGUCUCGUGGCUGCAGCUCUGGCUGUUGGGAUUCCCAUCGAGCAGUUCUGUGUUGAUGUUUUGACCGUGGCGAAAGAGGCCAGAAAACACACGCUGGGAGUUUUCCACCCGACCUUCAGUCUGCUGCGGACAGUACGGGACACCCUGCUGGAGAAGCUUCCAGCAGACGCCCACCUUCGUGCCUCUGGAAAGCUCUGCGUGUCCCUCACCAGACUGGCUGAUCGGAAGAACAUUUUGGUGUCAGAGUUUGACAGCAGAGAGGAGCUCAUUCAGGCUCUGAUGUGCAGUUGCUUUUUCCCUGUUUACUGUGGUUCCAUCCCACCUUCAUACCGUGGAGUGCACUAUAUGGAUGGAGCCCUGAGCAACAACAUGCCUCUGUUCGAGCAGAGAAACACCAUCACUAUGGCCCCGUUCUCUGGCGAGAGCGACAUUUGCCCCACAGAGGGUACAUUCAACUUCUUCGAAGUGCACUAUAGCAACUUUAGCAUCCAGGUCAACACCGGCAAUGUGCAUCGGAUCUGUACAUCCUUCCUCCCUCCCACACUUGAACUGGCUGAGAUCUGCCACAACGGCUACGUGGAUGCUCUUCAUUUCCUGAGAGAAAGAGAUCUGCUUGGAACACAGUAUCCUCCCCUCAGUUUGAUGGUAGAGACGGACACAGUCAAACCUGCUUGUUGUGAGCCCGUGAAGACACUUUUGAAUGGACAAAACCCUCAUCAGGAAGAUCAUUGGUGGCUGGAUGUGAAAGUCAUAGAGCACCUCCCAGUUAGCUUCAAGAAAGUGCUGUGUGAGGCGUGCAGGGACAGUCAAUGUGGCGACACCCAGUGGUCUCAGCUCACUGAGUUCCUUCCAGUGAAAGCAGUUAUGGAUCUGCUGGCCCUCCUCAUGCUGCCCAUUGAGCUGACCUUCUCACUCACCAAAAGCAUGAUAUUACCACUGUUGACAUCGACUGCAGAUCUCUGCAGGCAGACAUGGCGCAGCAGAGCCAAGGACCCCAACAGUGCAUUGUCAGAGCAGCAUCGCAGCAGAAAGUCCUCUAACUCAGACCUCAGAACUCAGAACGGAGUAGACCAAAACAUUAAACCCUUGACCUCAACACUUAGCCCAAAUUCUGCCAAACUCUUCAUUGGGACAACAACGGUAACCUGGACCUCUUCUAAUGCACAUCUACCUGUAUAGGCCCUUCCAACUUCCCCACCCCCAAUACACCUGCAUGGUGAGGUGACUUUAAACCACAGAUGUAAACAGACACUUCAUCACCCAUCAACCAGGCAUGAAAAAGACAGUUUAUCAUUGCAAAUGUAAAACCUUUUAUGAAUGAAAUAUAUUUAUCACCUACUGUAUGUUAGAUUUAUCAGAAAUAGAGUAGCUUAUUUAUAAUUUCGGAACACUUGUGUACUUCUGUGUAGAAGAAAUGCUUGUUUGGAUUUGUCGGACUCCUAUGUAUCGACUCAAAAACCACCCGACAUUGUGACCAAAAGCUUAACCUAACUAUUCCCAGUGAUCGUACUUUUAAAGUGUAAUUAGCCUGACCUUAAUCAAAUGAAAUGAACACACCUUUCUGUUGAAUGACCAGCAUUUUGAACGCAGUGCAUAAAAUCAAUUUGGUCAAGAGUUGACAAGGAAACCGCAGCAAAGUUGGUAUCCAGGGUUAUCUGCUGAAUGCAGCCAUUUCAUUGCCAAUAUUUGGUUUUCUUUUAGACUGUAUGAAAAAGAGUUUAGGGCCUUUUCUGGUUUCAGUUAACAAAUAUGUGUACAGCAUCACUGCAGUAUUACAAGUAAACAAUGUUGGUACAGAAACAUUCAGGUGGCUUGGUCAUGACAUAAGAUGUUAAAGGUUAUGUCUAACAUUGUCAAUCAUGUCAAUUUACCUCUGCUGAAGCAUUUUUGGGGGGCACUGUUACUAUGAAAUCCAGUUCCACAAACCUAGCGCACAACCUUUGUUGCAUGUCAGCCCUUCUCUUUCUAUGUUGGGCUCCAUUUUCUACUGUUUUCUUUUCUUAUACUGUAUAUUCUCUACAAAAUAAAACACCUCUACCUUUACCCACGACGUUGUAUGACACUUAAAAGUAAUGAAAGGUAAUCCAAUAAUAUAGAAAAAGCAUCAUCAAGACAUUUUAAUGGACAGAUGUUUCAUAAAAUUCCUUGUGAAUGACAUUUUCAUAAACAUACAAAACAUAAUUCUAAAAUUCCUAAAUCAAAAAACGUGAUGAUAAAAGAUUAAAAUAUAACCUGUUUGAGUUUUGUAACAUUAUAUUGAAAGGCUUGCCAGGAAUUCCCUCUGUGGAAUCUCAAUCGUACAUGAUCGAGUCUGGUUUCAUCGAGUGAUCACUUUGCAUUGUGGUCAGUUCAUAGCACCAUGAAUGUAAAACAUUAUUUGCUAGCUAAAGCCUCAAUUCACAGAGGAUCAUACAGGCUUCACACAGAUCAAUGAAGCUUAUAAAAUAACCAUCUGGAGUUGAGUAUUAUCUACUGUCAAAACAGUAGACGUGAAGGUAUACACUUACUGCAUCACAGUGCAGUACAGUACAGUACAAAGGCAAAAACAAACGUUUAAAUACAUGACCGUCCCCAAGCACAGUCGAGCAUCAUUGUCAAGUCCCUGAUUUCACAUAUUUAAAAAGACUGCCAUGAAGAUGAUCAUACAUGUAUCAAGACCACAAACAAAAUAAAAAGUGCAGAAAGAAUAUUCUGCAAAACCUCUAA